UUCUUCUCUCUCUUUCAUCCCACCAGAAACCAACUACUUUCUUCCACCCUCCAUCAACUUUGCCUCUUUUAUAAGCCCCCGGUCCUCCUCCUCCUUCCCCAUCCCCUGGCCUCAUCCACUUCAUAACAUUUAGGUUUAACGAUAGACUUGGCUUUAGCUCUUCGGUAGUUCUUUUAAUGCUUCCAAGCACACCCCAGAGAUCGAUACAUUACCCAAUUCUUUUUUGUUCGUAUCCUUUUCGUUAGUACUUGGCCUUCUGAUUUCCCUUCUAGGAGCCCUUCCAAGGAAAGGGAUCAGAAAGGCCAACAACUUAAGGGGCAUCACUCCGAGAAGAUGCAUCACCAGUCGGAGUACUUUGGUCCUAAUGAAGCCAUCAGCAUCCAAGGAGGAGCAGGAGCUUUUGGUGGCCCUUCUCAGAGUAAUACCAUAAGUCACUCCGACCUCGCACUCAUGGGCAGCAGCAGCAACAACGUCAACAAUCUGGAAGAGAAACUGAGGCUUUUCAGAUUCCUUCAUGAAGACCCCAACGUUCACCACCCCACCUCUGCCAUGGGACUCGAUCUCCAGUGCCAGCCAGGUCUCGACCCCAGAGCAGAGAUCGCUACCACAAAUCUCAUGCAAGCUAACAACCACCAAUACUACUUUGAUCCCACCACCCCUUCGAAUCCUUUUGUGAUCGGGAUGCUGAACCCUGGGAACUUCCACUAUACAGCCGACAUGUUCUCCGGUGAGCUGUCACCAGACAGGACGUCGACAGGAUCGACCAUUUUGCAUGAUCCGAUGGUGCACUUGGAUUUCCCCAGCCAGCCAUCUCUUCUGAAAGAUGUCCAAAACUCACUGCCCCAUGACACUGGUUUUUUUCCUGGGCCAUGGGGGUUUGGUGGGUCUUUUGUUGGUGGGUUGGAUGAUGGCUAUGUUGGCCAGCUUGGGAGACAACAGUCAUAUGAGAAAAGAAGGAAGGGAGGUUCUAAGAAGGGAGGUUCCAUAAAGGUGGAGGAGGCUGGGAGCAUGAAAAAUGAGAAGCAAAGGAGGGAAAGGAUUGCUAAAAAAUACGAUGAUCUCAAGUCACUGAUACCAAACUCGACAAAGCAAGAUAGAGCCAGCAUCAUCGCGGAUGCAACAGACUACGUCAAUGAGCUGCUAAGAACACUCAAGGAGCUCAAGAUACUGGUUGCAGAGAAACGGCAUAGAAGAGAGUGGGGCAAGAAACUGAUCAUGGGAGAUGGAGUUGAUGGAGAUGUGGAGAGUUCCUCUACGAAACCUCUCAUGGAUGAUGGAGAUCGUGCAUUCAGGGGACCUCUGAGGAGCUCAUGGAUCCAAAGGAAAUCUAGGGAGACCUUUGUGGAUGUCCGCAUCAUCGAGGAUGAGGUUUAUAUCAAGCUAACUCAGCGUAAGAAGAUGAAUUGCUUGGUUGUUGUGUCGAAGGUCCUGGAUGAACUACAGCUUGAACUCCUCCACUUGUCAGGUGGAAACAUUGGAGAUUCUCACGUCUUCAUCUUCAACACCAAGAUCCAUGAAGGUUCUUCAGUUUAUGCGAGUGCGGUAGCAAAGAAGCUCAUUGAAGUUUUGGAUGUGCAAUACCCACCUUUUCCUGUUAGUUUCUAGGGUUUGGAUUUUAAAUAUUGUAUUUAAGCUUUUGUUUGAAACUUAGGUGAAGGGAAUAGGCAUGAGUUGGUAGGAGUACAGUGGAUGGAAUUUGGCAGGAACGACUUGGAAUCUCUUUGCAGAGAAGGGCUCUGAUAUUACAACUUACAAAACUACUUAUUUAUGCUCCCUCAUAUUUGCAAUGAACUGAUUGAGAGAAGAAGACAAUAAAGUUAAU